AUGCCCCCCCGUGAAUCUGCUCCGCGCACCGCUGUUGGCGUUGACUGCGGUGACGUGGCGUCCGCCAGUCACGCAUCGCCACGUGGCCGCAUUAUUUCCGCUGUGGCCGGCGCGUUGGUGGCGAUUCAUCUGGCCGCCGCGGCGAGUCCUCUCGAAGCCAUCGCCGCCACUUUCAACGCCGCCCAACCAUCGGUGGUGGCGGUGGUGGCGGCAGGGGAGCAGUCGCCCUAUGUGCGCGCGCAGGAGGAGCAGGAUGAGGACGUGGGGCUGCUGGACGGGCGCAUCCGCCCCUGCCCCCUGGCGGUCAACCCCAACUGCGUCUCCACCUCCUCCCUCAGCCUCGCCUACUCACCACCCUGGACCGUGCCCUCCCUCAGUACCUCCACGGCCGUGCAGAGGCUGGAGGGAGUGCUGCUCUCAGCGCUCAAGAACCCGGUCAUUGAGGAGUCCGUUGAUGUCACAGACGGAGGGCACUACAUAAGGGCCAAAACAGACGGCCUGUUUGGGCGUGACACUAUCGAGCUGCUAUUGCGUGACGACAAUGUAUUAUACCGCUCUAUAGCGGGGCGCGUGGUGUACAUAUACCCAUUUACCACCCCACUAACGGACUUUGACGCACAGAGGAAGCGCAUGGAUGCGCUGGGGAAGGAGCUAGGGUGGUUGCAGGAGUAUGAGUACGAGACGGAGUUUGAAAUGGACUAUGAUUAUUGA